CAGCGGCGGCCCCUAGCGGCGGGAGUAGCGAAGAGCGAUGUAGAUCGAGCCCCUCUUUACGCUCUUCCUUAUUUACGACGAAAAACUUUCGCGUUUUACCUGCGUACCUUUGUACCAGAGGUGUUUCCCUGGGACAAAGGUCAGCAGCUGGAUAACGUUUUGAUCCAGACUAGGACAUAUCGACCACAUGUGCAUUAGCGUCACGUCGGAGGAAUUUGCCGAAGGACCGGACUGUUUCCCGUCGGACAGGAUUUCCGGACGGACUCAGGCGAAAGACCGGAAGUUUGUCUUUUUUCCGCAAACAUUUGAAACCAACACGCUUCUUGGUGCCCCAGUUCUUCGUUUUCACCUCCAGUUACUUUAGAGUGGUUCGAACGUGUUGAUUUUUUUUUUCGGCACACGUCAGAUCAGUUGUUAUAAAGAUGGGGAAGAGACAGCAUCAAAAGGAUAAAAUGUACAUCACUUGCACAGAGUACACAAAUUUUUAUGGAGGAAAGAAAUCUGAAAUUCCACAGGCCAACUUCAGACGUCUCCCCUUUGAUCACUGCAGCUUGUCUCUUCAGCCCUUUGAAUAUCCUAUGUGCACUCCAGACGGAACUGUCUUUGAUUUGUUGAGCAUAGUUCCCUGGAUAAAGAAGUUUGGCACAAACCCCAUCUCUGGAGAGAAACUUGAAGCUAAGGCUCUCAUCAAGCUCAACUUCAGUAAGAACAAUGAAGGGAAAUACCAUUGCCCAGUCCUGUACACCGUUUUUACCAACAACUCCCACAUCGUGGCCAACAAGGUGACUGGGAAUGUGUUUUCCUAUGAGGCUGUGGAGCAGCUCAAUUUCAAACCUAAGAAUUUCAAGGACCUGCUGACCGAUGAGGCCUUCACACGACAAGACAUCAUCACCCUGCAGGACCCCACGAACCUCGACAAGUUCAACGUGUCCGACUUCUUCCACGUGAAAAACAACAUGAAAGUUCCAGAUCCAGAUGAGGAGAAGGCCAAACUGGACCCUGCGUACUAUUUGAAAUCCACCAAUCUGGAGACCCAGGAGACCCUCGCUGAGCUCUACAAGGACUUCAAAGGAGAUGCCUUGCUGGCGUCCACCAUGAAGGAGCCGGAGAAGAAGAAAACGGACAAGCUCAAUGCAGCUCACUACUCCACUGGCAGAGUGGCCGCCUCCUUUACCUCUACGGCCAUGGCCCCACAAACCACUCAUGAAGCUGAUGCAAUUUCGGACGAUGAGGUGCGCUACCAGUAUGUGAAGAAGAAGGGCUACGUUCGUCUGCACACCAACAAGGGGGACCUGAACCUGGAGCUCUACUGUGACAAGGUUCCCAAGGCUGGGGAGAACUUCAUCAAACUCUGCAAGAAAGGCUACUAUGAUGGGACACUCUUCCACAGAUCCAUCCGGAACUUCAUGAUUCAAGGAGGAGACCCGACUGGAACAGGAACAGGUGGAGAAUCGUUCUGGGGCAAAUCCUUCAAGGACGAGUUUCGGCCCAACCUUUCCCACACGGGCCGUGGGGUGCUCAGCAUGGCCAAUUCCGGCCCCAACACCAACAAGUCUCAGUUUUUCAUAACUUUCCGCUCCUGCACAUACCUGGACCGCAAGCAUACCGUGUUUGGAAGGGUUGUUGGUGGCUUUGAGACGCUCACGGCCAUGGAGAAUGUAGAGAGCGACCCAAAGACAGACCGGCCCAAGUCGGAGAUUAAGCUCCUGAGUGCAACAGUGUUUGUGGACCCUUAUGAGGAAGCUGAUGCACAGAUCGCCGCUGAGCGCGAGAAGGAGAAACGGAAGCAGGAGGAGCAGCUGGCCAGUGCGGCCCAGAGCCGCACCAAGGCAGACGAGACCCCCAAGGUCUUCAGAUCCGGAGUGGGCAAGUACAUCAACAUGGAGGCGACGAAGCGCGCCGCCGCCCUAGAGGAGAGCGGACCGUCCACCAGUUCAGCAGCUCCGAAGAAGCCCAAGGGCAGGAGCGGCUUUGGAGACUUCAGCUCUUGGUAGUGCGACCGCGCUCCCGCUCCGACCGCGCCCACCCCCAGCAGACCACUGCCUGGACGUCCACACACACACACUGCGGUCUGUCAGGUGUUACUUUCUAUAUUGUGAACGUAAUGAAGAGAGUUCGCUGCAGCUCCCCGGUACCGUCGUAAUUGUCACUUCUGAUUCUGUCAUGCUAACGAUGAUCAUAACGAUUAGAGAAACGUCUGCUUCUUCUACACGGCACUUGUUGUUCCGCAUCCGCUGCGACGUAGGUGCCACAGUGCGCUCGCGUUCAGCCCGACUUCGUUCCCUGAGGAUGAUGGGAGCUGACCGAGGAGCUCCGGUCGCCACAUAUUUGACUCUCUGAGGUCAGACGUGGGUAGAAGGCACUUGUGACACUCGCACCCGUAGCUUCUCCUCUGCAGCCUGUCGGUGAGCUCAGCGUCCGGUGUGAAACUGCGACGUGACGCCGCAGAGCUGAAUGAAGUGAAGUGAGGGCGUCGAGGCGAGAGCGCAUCGGCCGUGCAGUUUCGGUGUUUCUCUCUUCUUUUUCUGAGCGCGCGACUAAAACGCAUUGAGCUCUUGAACCCACCUGAUUUACUCUCUUUUCCUUUAUUGUGAACAAGUGUAAUAAAAUAAUUUUGCACAGUGCUGUCUUUCCUUGCUUGUACUCAAUAGUGCUGCUCUUUCCUGCGGUGGGUGUGAGAGCUGGGGAGCCCCUAAAAUAGUGGGUUCAGCACUCUGACUUCUCGUCUGGAACCGGGAAAGGCGUCCACCUCCUGCGCGAAGGGGUGCGUCCGCACGUGGACCCGGUUAGUCGGCCACAGAGUCGCCCGUGGGUGGCGUCACACA